AAGUGAGAGCAGUUCGAAUCAAUUAGCUUCGCAAAUUGUAUUGCUGUUUUUUACAUUUUCAUCACAGUGAAGCGUGUGGGCCGAAUUACAAAUUCACAUCAUAAAUCAGUAGAUGAACAAUUAAAUUCACCGCUUUGAAUAACUGUGCACAUCUGGUUGAUUGGCACUUGAUGUCAUUGAUCGGAUUGCCUCGUAGGAAAUAAAAGCGGACAGGAAAAUUUAAAGAAAAGGUGCAAAAUUAGCAAGAUUCUUGUCUAAAAAGUUUGCAUAUGCCGUGAAGAAUCUUUCAGAAAAAUGAAACAAGAUUGAAAAGAGAAGAAUAUUGGAUAAUUGAAGCUGUUUACAAGUACAUUCAAAUCAUAAAGAAAUCUUACGAGUCAUUUUUUUCUUACAUCCUGAUUGGCUUAUGCUGUUGACUGGCCACUGUCCAUUUGAGGCAAUUAAUGAAUGUGGAUUGGCUGGCUUGCUGGUUGGAUAUUUAAAGAUAUGAAAAUAAAAACAGUGUGAUCGUUUUGGUUAUCAUUUAGAAUACGCUUCCUCGACAUGUGAUUACAGCAGCACAAUAAUGGAAAAUUCAACAUUGAAUUGCACAUCACAGAACUGCAUAUCACUGGUUAAUGGCUCCUACUCAAAUUUCCACCCGAGAUUCACACAGUUGGGUUGGUUUCUCGGGAUUGUUGGAACACACAGCAUCCUCGCAUUGAUUAUUGUCUUCAGUAAUUUCGUAGCUCUCUUUGCCUUUUACAAAAACUGUAGACUACGAACCACGACGAACAUGGUGAUUGUUUCCAUGGCAGUUGCAGAUCUUCUCGUUGGUGCUAUUGUUAUUCCCUUGUGGUUAUACACUGGUAAUUAUCAUUUUAUGGCCGGACCACCUUUCAAAAUAUGGCAGACACGCUUAAGUUUAGCUUACCAGUAUAUCGAUCAAGGUUUGGGCUUUAAUUCCGUCUACCAACUAGUUUUGCUUCAUUGGCUGAGAUCUUAUUCCAUAUGGUCGCCUUUGCAACAUCGCCAAAUGAACAACAGAACAGUUAUUCUGAUGUGUCUGCUAGUUUGGUGCAUUUCUAUCACCAUUCCUCCGCUUUUUCAUAAAGUGAUCUUGCCAAAAUCUUGUGCAGAUUGCUUUGUUUAUUUCACGUUGAUAGCAAACAUCGGCGUCGCUUUGGUGUUGCUUACGAUUGCAAACAUAAUCCUUCUGAGAAGUGUCGCGAAGAGUUCUCGAGCACGACAAACAAAGGAUACAAAAGUUUUGGUGACUGUAGCCAUGUUAAUUGCAGUUCUUUGUAUUUGCUUCCUUCCAUUCAUCAUCACAAACGCCGUCGUCAGAAUUAGGAAAAUCAAAGAGUUCAACUUUAAUGUUCGUAUGGCGUUGAAGUUCCUCCACUUCUGUAACAGCGCUUUGAAUCCCCUUGUGUACGCAUUACGUCAUCCUGAAAUUGCACGCACAUUCAAAAGCCUGCUCUAUGCUCGUUCCACGAGGGACCUGGGAGUCAGUAGACGUGCUCCAGGUGCAACUGGUAUUACCACCUUACAAGCAAUGUCCGCCAUUACUUAAUCUGGUGGUCAGUCUUGACACGAAAGGAUUGUAGAUUAUCAUAAAUUGGGAUAAUUUGAAAGUUUCUCUGGAUUUUCACGAAGUCAGGAUGAUUAUACAAAGUGAUAAAUUUCGUUGCUGUUCGAAACGUUGGCUUUCUAUAACAGCAAAAGAAAUGAAGUAUGCGCGGUUGUGUAAAAUAUGUAUAGCUUCUAUUUCUAUUAUUUCUAGUUAUUUGCUUCACUGUAACUUGCUUAAUACGAAAAAGUGGGAAUUGAGAGUUGACCAUUUGU